AUGGCCCCCUCCGACGACGAGGCUUUUUCAUUUCAGUCCUCUCCGAUAUCAAGAGCGCUUAGUCUAGACCCCAUCAUCGAAUCUACCCUCAACCCGAGGCGUGGUUUUAUGGACCCGCUGGCGGGUUACCCAACUUUCGAUCAUGAUGACAACUCCGCAAACACGGAUACCCAGGAGGCCAACGAACCCAUCUUUGGAAAUCAGUCCACUAUAGGCGGAGUUGGCGGAACAGUACUCCACGCGGCCGUUGUGCACGGCAACGAGGCCAUCGUCAAACUACUGAUCGAAAAGGGAGGAGACCUGAAUGCGCUGACGCAACAGCGCAAGGACACGCUUCAUCUGGCCGUAGAGAGUAACCAGAUGAACAUUGUCCGCCUCGUGCUCAAGGCGGGUGCCAAUGUGAACAGUGUAGAUGGAUGCGGGCACUCGGCUCUCUUCAAAGCCAUUUUAGGCGGGAACGAGGACCUGGUGCGUUUGCUCUUGGAAUAUGGUGCCGAUGUCAACCAGUCCAUUGCACUUGUCCCCGACGCAUCAAGAAUAGGGGUCACAAGUGUUGCAUCUGGCUUUGUAUGA